AUGCUUCAGCAGGAGCUGGCGGAUUCCAUUGGGCAGUUAGAGCUGGACCUGCGGGCCGCAGACAAGGACCGGUCUGGUCUCGUGACAUCCUCCGCCUUUGCGAGAAUACUGCGGCGCAGCGGCGGCUCAGCAGAGCAGGCGGAGGCGCUCAUCGAGCAGUUCGGCGUCAGUGGCCGAGCGGUGGUGCGCUACGUUGACCUGUUGGACAGUAUGAGGCGCCUCGCUGACGGCACCAUGGCGUCGCCCUUAGCGCGAAGUGACAGCAGUGCAGGGCCUCGCUCCGUUUCGCCCCUCUCCGACGAGAAUGAAGAUGAGGCCGCGGAGGAAGUGGCGCAGCCUCAAAGGCGUGAGGCCUGGCAGCCGCCUCUCAGAAACACCGUAUCCUUGCGGAGAGACAAUUCGGCAAGUGACCGCUCGUGCCGUAGUGCGGCCGCCCAUAACAGAGGUGGUGGUGGUGGGCGUGAUACAUUUUACUCCACAGGAACUGUGCUUAGCUUACGCCAGCAAUCCACCGUUGACACAUCGCAGAGUAAUGGUGCAAGCCAUCGCUUUGCCCUGCCUCGAGGCGGGAAGUCCACUGUGGCUGAGAGUAGGCAGCAACAUAGAGCCCCGCGAGAGUCUGGUACUGAGAUGAGAGCCACAAGCUUUGUGGAGCGUGCUGCGGAGCGCGCCGCCUCCCCGGUGCAGCGCAACUCUUCAGUGGAGAGAAUGGUGCAGCAGGCGAAGCUGCGCGCCUUUUCGGGGAGCCCUACUCCGGACAGGUCAGAAACAUUGAGGGAGGAGGCCAUACUGCGGGAAGAAUCUUCGAAACGAAGGGAGAAAGAAUUCUUCCGCCUACCACAUAGACAGGAAAGUGACGCCAACAGUAGGGGCUCAAGGCGCACCAGGGGUGGGGAGACCUCAAUUGCAUCAACGAACACGACGACACGCGUAGGGGCGAGAGAUCAUGGUGAUGCAUCUUUCGCUCGAGGUGCUUAUCCUGCGGACGCAACACUGCAGCACAACACAUCGAGAGGGAGUCACGGCGCCUCCAGUACCGCGGGGAUAUCGGGUCGGGGCGAACUAUUUUCCCUUCGUGAAGUCUUCCGCGUGAUCGAUCACGAUCAAGACGGUAUUGUUACGCUGCGAGAGGUGUGGAAUGCCUUCCAGCGUCGCGGCAUCGAUGUAUCUCUGAUCGAGAUGGAGGCACUCGCAGAUUCUCUAGAUUUGGACGUAUCCGACGUGAGAGACCCCGUCACUGGGGGUGUUGACGAUAGUGGAUGUGGCACUGACCGCAUACUCGGCUCUGUGGAUUUCUGCAUGCUGGUGUCGCGUAUGCGUUCGAGUUUGAUUGAGCGCAUCCGACGCACGUCGCUUUGGUUCUCGGAAAGUGCGUCGUCUCCGUCGCCGCCGCCACCGCCGCUGCUGCUAGUGCCGAGCCCUGUGGACUGUCGGCUCGACGCGACGGCGGUGAGGCGUCAGCAUGGCGGCGGGAACAGCCAAGGUGCGGCGCUGCAGGACCCCAUACUGCGCAGCCCUGUGCAGCAGCAGCAGCAGCACCAGCAGUCGGUAGCGCACCUGAAUGUGAAUAGCUUCAGCCCCCCGCCAAGUGUGCACACUAGCGUGGCUGUGAGCCACUUGGCGGAGUUGGGGCUCACUGAGACGCCACAAGGGCGCACCACGGCGGGAGCAGCAGCAGCAGCAGCAGCAACGGUGAACACACAAUUUGGGUCUGCAUCGACUGUGUCUGUCUCCCCCUCACCGGAGAUGAGCAGACCAAAGUCACUCCACACAACGCCGACAGGCAAAACCCUGUUGCCACCACCGUCUCGUUUCGGCGAGGCCGCGAAUGGGACAGAAUCAGUUUCAUCGAAAAUCGCUGAGCAGGAUGUACCGAUAGGUUUUAGAUCACAAAGCCCUCAUCCUUACGAUGUGCCGACAGCACGCGGGCUUCAGCAGGACAUCGAAUUGAGUGUCCCACCACCAUACACAUCUGGCAGAGUUAAUUGUAGUACCAUGCAGCCAAUGAGUAGCUCCAGGAUGGCAGCAGCGAUUCCUGUAACCGAAUCGAGUGAGCUGAGUAGUGCGACAGGUCGGGCGUCGAACAACUACGACUCCCUCCGGAGGGAGAUGCUUGCACGACAGAAACAGCGUGUGGAGGAAGAAGAAUUCCUCCGGCGCCUGGAGAAAGAGUUUCAGGAGAAGUACUCCAGUCUCAUGGAUGAAACGAGCGGUGAGCGAGGCGAGCGACAGAGUACUUUUCCCACCGACGUGCAUCACAGUAAUCGCGGCGAGAGGUCACUACCACCGCCGCCGAGUACGAUGCGGCAGCGCGCUGGGAGGCUGCAAACUACGCCCCAUCAGAGUACCAGUGUGUAUGAUCACGAAGCGAUGACUGCUCCCCCCUCUCCAUGCGCUGACGCCCCGCCGACUGGUGGCGGUGGCGGAAGCAAUAGCAGCAGCAGCGGCGGUGGUGGUGAUGCAGUGGCGCGGCUUCUGCGGCCCACCGCCUCAUCACGUGCACACGAGCGUGGGAAGAAGCUCACGUAUCACCCGCCUAGGCGUGCAGCCGCUUCCCCAGCAUCAUCGUCAACGGGUAGAGUCAGCGCAAUUAUUCGUAAGCACAGCCCCGUGGCCAACGCCGAGACCGCUUCCAAUGACUCCACGCUAAACAGAAGGGGCAGUAUUGGAAGCGCUGGGCACAAACGAGAGGUUCGGCACAGCAGCAUCCGUAGUUUGCGGCCGCUGUCGCCUCCCACCCACGACGCAGCGACACUGGCGCAGCACUACCGCACCAGCAAUGCGGAGAGCAGAACUGCCUCGGCGCAUUUGCGAGGAACAGAAGCGGCGGGGCCGAGUGUUGUGCGUGUUUCACUCGUUCCUGGCGGAGCAGCUGCUGGUGGGCGCGCGGUAUGCUCAGCCUCUGAAGAGGCGUCGGAUGCUGCUGCUGCUGAUGGUGUUGACAGUGGUCUGAGUGCAGGCGCCUCUGCGCACCAGCAAAGACUGCCUCCGCCAGGGAUGCCGCCACGUCCGCCGCCUCUUUCGAGUGUGAAUGAGAGGCGUGAUGGCGGUAGCUCGGUGCCCACGCCAAUCUCACGUCAGAUAUCAGCGAAGCUCUAUGGUAAGUGCUCGCAGCUGCUGUCACUCUGCAGCAACUACGACCGUGCACAUGACGGGUUUGUUUCACCCAAAGAUCUUGGUCGUGCUCUCUAUGCAGUUGCGCCGGACUUGACGGAGAGCGAAAUCGGCGAGUUGGUACGGGCUGGGCUGGCAAUGGGCGACAACCGCAGCUGCUGCCAUUAUGUUUCACUCGUGGGGGAUCUCGUGGUGCAGGAGAGCUACGUGCACCUCCACGAGGAAACGCCCGAUGACAAUGACGAUAACAACAACGAUGUCAACGACGUGUACAGUGCGGGGAAUGUCUCGCCGGAGUCUCCGCGGCCUACCAUUGCGCCGGUGCCGGUGCCGAUGUCGUCCUCAAGGAGUGCUGCCGUGCCUGUGGAGCAGUCGACCCUGGAGGAUCGUGUGCGGAAGGGGCGUUUGAAGAUGAACCGACUCCUGCGGGAGGAGCUUCUGAAUGGUUGUAAUGGCGACUACCAUCACCUGCGCAAUGCCUUCUUCGCCCACGACGACAUCCGCACCGGUUACGUGGAGGAGAGGGUACUGCGGGAGUGCCUGGCGAAACUGUUCCGCGGUGCACAGCGCCCCAUACCCACCUGGGUGGUGGACAGGUGUGUGCGCCUCUGCCGUUCCCCCUUUGAGCGGGAGAUGAUUGCUGCUGCUGCUGCUGCAGACGGUGGUGGUGCGGUGGCGCCGCCAGCGGAGUCCCACGAGGAGGAGGCGGCGCGGCGGCGUGUGCACGGAAUACCCCAAGUCCUUCACGGCGUUCUGUGCGACUACCGUUACCUGUUGGAAGAACUACGGUUAUAG